CCACCAUCGCAGGCACAAUGCCUCCCCGACGCUCCUCCCGCACCCGGGCAUCCGUAGAGCCUGUUGCAAAGGCAGAACCAGCACCAUUGAAACGCAAGAGGCCCGCCGAAGUCAUCAAUGUAGACGCCGAGGAAAAGGAGAACCAAUCGUCAAGAUCUCGCAGGAGCACAUCGGCACGCCCAUCCACCAAGUCUCGUGCUUCCACUCGUACCAGGACCUCUCUUCAAGAAGUUCCCGAAACAGAUGAUGAAAGGAACGAUUCCGAUACACCACCGGUAAAGAAGGCUAGGCCGUCAUUGGAGCAUUCAUCGGGAGAGGAGAGUGAAGAGGAGCAGCCGAAACGUAAAGGCAGGGCUGGUGCUGGCUUGGCGAAGAAAAGCGACAAUGCGAAGAUGGAGGUUGACGGACAUAGUCAGCCGACUCGCAGGACGACUCGAGGCUCCAGUGCCAAGCCGCCCUCUCGCGUGUCUACGAGAGUUUCACGCUCUCGGGCAUCCGAGUCGGUUGCUGCAGAUAGCGAAGAAGAAGAUGUGAAGCCUAUCGUCAAAGCAACCAGGAAAUCCACCAAGCCAGCGUCACGCCAAUCUCGUCGUGCCACACACGUUCACGAGGAGCAUGAUGACGAACGCGCAAUGGACUCAUCCGUCGAAGACGCUCCUGAAGAUCAUAGCCGGAGGUCAGCGGGUAAUCCAUCAUCCUCUCGGCGUUCUUCAAAACCUACUGUCGAAGACAUAGCAGAGGAGGAAGAGGAAGAAGAGGUCGUGAAGCCUGCGCGAGUCCGUUCUCCCACCCCGCCUCAACAGAUCGAGGUCGAGGAAGAUACAGCUGAGAAACCAUCAUCGUCUCGUCCUCCUAGUGUGCAUGUAGAGACGAGGGUUCCUGAGGCAGAAGGAUCUCUUUUGGAUCAGAUCUCCAGAGCACCUCCUGCUUCCCGGGCUCCAGCGACGCAGCUGGAAGAACCACAAGGUCCACAGACACGUCUCGUCAUUCACAAAAUGGCUUUGGUGAAUUUCAAGAGUUACGCCGGCCGGCAGGAAAUCGGUCCCUUUCAUAAGUCUUUCUCUUCCAUUGUAGGCCCCAAUGGUUCUGGAAAAUCUAACACUAUCGACGCACUGCUUUUCGUUUUUGGGUACCGCGCAACGAAAAUGAGGCAAGGGAAACUUUCUGAGCUUAUUCAUAACUCGGAUCGGUACCCAGAUUUAGAUGAAUGUAGUGUUGAAGUUCAUUUCCGCGAUAUCAUAGAUCUGCCUGGCCCCGACGACUAUGAAGUUGUACCUAAUACCGACCUCGUCGUUAGUCGUCAGGCGUUUAAGACGAACAAUAGUAUUUACAAGAUCAAUGGACGGGCAAGUAACUUCAAAGAGGUUCAGUCUUUGCUCAAAGGCCGCGGCAUAGACUUGGACCACAAUCGAUUCCUAAUUCUUCAGGGUGAGGUCGAGUCGAUUGCUCAGAUGAAACCCAAAGGCACAGAACACGAAGAGGGACUUCUCGAGUAUCUCGAGGAUAUUAUAGGUACUUCUAAAUAUAAAGAGGGCAUAGACGAAGCUCUUCAAAAGGUCGAUGACUUGCAAGAGCAACGGUCAGACAAAAUGAAUCGCCUUCGGAUUGUUGAGAAGGAGAAGAACUCUUUGGAUGAGAAGCGGAAGGAGGCCAUAGCCUGGAAGAAACUCAUAAAUGAGCAUAUCAGGGCGGAAUCAAGGUUGUGGCAAUGGUAUCUCGCCCAGGCUUUCGGUAAGGAAGGGGCUCUGCGCGCAGAGAUGGACAAAUGCGACGCGGCCGUGCUCGCGGAAACUGAACGCAACGCUAACGACCGCAAGCAUCUGGACCAACUUCAGACACACUACAAGGAACGCGAGGCAGCGUACGCAGAAGUCCAAAAAGCUGCCGCCGCUGCAAACCAGGAUCUGCAGGACCACGAAAAACGCGAGAUUGGGCUUAAGGAACGUAGGAAGCAUGCGAGUACCAAGCUGAAGAAGGUGACGAAGACCAUCUCAGAGGAAACGGCUGCCAAGACGGCUGCUAGCCGUGCAAUUGAGGAUAGUACUCAAAAGAUGAAGAAGGAGAAGAGCAGCGUGGAGAAGUAUGAGGCGUCAUUGCUCGAAGAAGAGAAGGUUCUUGAGAGCAUUACCGAAGGCCUCAAAGACAAGACCCAGGUCUUCCACGAUCAGAUUGAGACUAAGCAGAAGGAACUCCAACCUUGGAUGACCAAACUCAAUGCUAAACAAGCUGAAAUCGACGUUGCAACGAGCGAGCGGGAUGCCCUUGUCCAGAAGGCGGAACGUAUCAAGGAUCUAAGCAAGGAUGCAGAACAAUCUUUGGCAGAAUUGCGCACUGAUCAAACUGCGAAGGUUCAAGAGCAAGGACAGUUGCGCCAACGUAAGGCUCAGGCUCAGAACGAGCUCCGAGCCGCAGAAAAACGUUAUCAAGAUGCGCAAGCUAAUGUUCAAUCGUGCCGAGCCAAGGCGAUGUCCACUCGUCAGAAGGUUGACGAAGCCAAGUCAUCUCAAGCUGAAAGCCGGACUCAGAGUCGAGUACUUGAAUGUUUGACCCGAUUCUCGGAGCAAGGACGCGUUCAGGGCUUCCAUGGUCGCCUAGGAAACCUUGGCAAGAUCGCCGACGACAAGUACGACGUUGCUGUCACCACCGCUUGUGGUAACUUGAACUAUAUGGUCGUCGACAAAGUCGAACAAGGCCAGGCCUGUAUCGAGCAUCUGCGGUCGCAAAAUGCAGGUCGUACUUCGAUCUUGGUGCUAGAGAAACUUGGCAAACUUGACAUGAGCAAGAAGCCAACACCCGAGAAUGUGCCGAGGUUGUUUGAUCUCAUUACUCCCAAGGACCCGAAAUUCGCACCCGCGUUUUACAAGGGCGUAGGCGAGACACUUGUGGCCAAGGAUAUGGAACAAGCCAACCGCAUCGCCUUCGGUGGUAAACGAUACCGUGUGGUUACUCUGUCUGGUCAGCUCAUAGAUAUGAGCGGUACUAUGGGAGGAGGUGGCCAACCGGCCCGAGGUGGCAUGAGCUCCAAAUUCGCUGCUGAGGCUGUCCCCCAAAAUGUUCUCAAAAAUUACGAACGUGAAAGCGAGGAGGCGAGGAAGCAGCUAGAGCUUGCCACUCAAGAAAGCCGUGAAGCAGAGACUGAACGCGAUCGUCUGCUAAAGGUUGGACCAGAAAUUGAUUUGUCUUUCGAGAAGUUGGGCAUGGAUAUCGAGAAUGGGAAGAAACGUAUAGCUGAUGCUGAGAAACGGGUUCGUGAGCUGAAGGCCCAGAGCAAACCUGACGAUGGUGACAUGACUCGCAUAGCUAAGCUUGAGAGGGACAUCGCUACCUACACCGCGGAUCUCAAAAAGUUGCAAGAGCGAUCAAGCACGAUCGAAGCUGCUAUCAAAGAACUCGAAAAGAGAAUUCUUGAGAUAGGCGGAGCCAAACUCCUCGCGCAGCGUUCUAAGGUUGACGGCAUCAAGCUUCACCUCGGUCUUGCCAACGAUGAGAUCACCAAAGCCGAGGUUGCCAAGAAGAAAGCGCAGAAUGAUGUUGCUAGGCUGACGGCAUCGCUCGAUACCAACCUUGUUUCGCAGAAAGAAGUCGAGGAGGAACUGGAGAAUCUGGACGCAGAGCUCGAGGAAGUGAGGGCAUAUGUGGCUAACCUGAGCGCCAAAGUUGCAAAGGCCAAGGAAGCCGAAGACACCAUGGCAGACGACCUUCAGAAACUCAAGGAGGAGCUGGAUGAGACGCUUGAGUUGGUCCAGGGCUUUAUUCAACGAGAGGCUGAACUGAAACAUAAGGCUCAAAUUGCGAAAGAAGCCUUCCAGGAGAAUGAAGGUGUGAUCAUUCACUGGCAAGAGAAGCAUGACGAACUUCAGCUGGAGGAAAUCGAUGAUUAUGACGACGACGAUGAGGAUGAUGACGAAAACGAAGACGGCGAUAGCAAAGCUGACGAAAGUCGUGAAGGUUCUCAUCAACCGGCUUCAAAUCGCCGCAGCCGCGGGCACAGUGUUAAGCCUGAUCCUGAAGGCGGUGAAGAUGGUGACGAGGAUCCUAGAACCCAGCUUCACAUCUAUAGUAACGAGGAGCUGUCCCAAUUCCGGAAGCGAGAUAUGGUCGCUGAUAUCCAGUUGCUUGAAGAGAAACUCUCGAAACCCCAGCCCAACCUAGGCGUUCUGGACGAUUACAAAGCGAAGGAGGAAGAGUUCUUCUCUCGCGCCAGCGAUGUCGAACUUGUCACCCAAGAACGUGACAAACAGAAGGCUGAGUACGAUCGUCUAAGGAAGCAGCGACUCGACGAGUUUAUGGCAGGGUUCAAUUUGAUCUCUUUGAAGCUGAAGGAGAUGUAUCAGAUGAUCACUCUUGGAGGCAACGCCGAGCUGGAGCUAGUGGACAGCAUGGAUCCUUUCUCCGAAGGCAUCAUUUUCAGUGUCAUGCCUCCGAAAAAGAGCUGGAAGAACAUAUCCAACUUGUCUGGUGGUGAGAAAACGCUGAGUUCCCUUGCUUUGGUGUUUGCGCUCCAUGUAUUCAAGCCCACGCCUCUGUAUUUCAUGGACGAAAUUGAUGCCGCACUUGACUUCCGUAAUGUGUCUAUCGUUGCUAAUUACAUCAAAGACCGGACAAAGAACGCGCAGUUCAUCAUUAUCUCUCUUCGGAACGACAUGUUCGAACUCAGUCAACGUCUCAUUGGAAUUUACAAGACGAACAAUGCUACGCAAAGUAUAUCCAUUGAUAACAAGGUUCUCGUGCACCAGUCGACGGCGUAGUGGAUGAUGAUCUGUUUACGAUAUUUUCUCCGUGUAAUUUUUGACAAUCUAUUUAAGCUGUAAUAUUGUAUAGAGGGUUAGUGUCUGGUGUUUACCUCGCAAAUCUACAUUUUGAAGGAGACUCAAAUAAGUUGAGGGAGC